AUGACCGACAAUACGACUCUUUCUCCUCACUCCAACUCUAAAAUCUCAACCGACUAUGAGAAAACGACAGUGGAUAUGGUCUUUUACGCCAUCAUCGUUCUCUUCGGCACCACCGGGAACUCUGUGGUCAUCUGGGUGGCUGGUUUCCGCAUGAAACCCAACGUCACCAAUGUAUGGUUGGUCAACCUCGCAGUAGCAGAUCUGAUCUUCAGCAUGACAAGAAUCAUUUCACUCAUCAAAAACCUUUUCUUUGAUUACUGGCCUUUCGGAGUCUUUCUCUGCAAGUUCAAUGGUUUCUUCAAGUACGCCAACAUGUUCUGCAGUGUUUUUCUUCUGGCUGUCAUCAGUGUGGAUCGAGUGCUCUGCGUCUGGCGUCCGGUGUUCAUCAGGAAACGACGGACAGUCUGUGCUGCUCGUGUGGUCAGUGUGGGAGUUUGGAUUGUGGCUGUGAUCUUUAGUUCUCCUUACUUUGUUUACCGGGAGGUCUUUCUGCGUGCAAACAACUUGAGUCAUUGCUCACUGGGGGGUAAAGAUGGUGCCGAGGGUGGCAAUUUGGCAAAGUAUGUCUACUACUUUGUUCGUUUCAUCUGUGGAUUCCUGUUGCCCUUUCUGGUCAUCUUCAUCUGCUACACACUGGCUGCUAUUGGGAUUCGCAGAACAAGAUUCUCUGGCAAAUCAAGGCCUCUUCGCAUUCUUGCUGUUUUGGUCUGUGCCUUUUUCCUAUGCUGGGCUCCAUAUCACUUUCUAGGGCUAGUCAAGUUGGUGAAUAAAGACAAUGAGGUGGUAAAAAUAGGAUGGAAUAUGGCUUCAAACUUAGCCUAUUUCAACAGCUGCAUUAACCCAAUCUUGUACUUCUUUAUGGGACUGGAUGUUAGUCGACGCUGCAAUCAAAGUUUGUCUGGGAUUUUUCAUAGAGCACUCAUGGAGGAAGGCCAAAGUCUAUCCCAGCAGGGAACUGAAGAAAGCUGUAAUUCCUUUCCAAAGACUGCAGGUGAUGAGUGUGUCACUAAAAUUUAGGUGUUUUCACUCAUUUUUCCUUAUUUUCAGGGUGCAAAUCACAGGGGGGUUUGGGAAGGAUUGACCUCCUUAAUUAAGAAAGUUGAUCCCCCCCUGAAGGACAUCAAAACACGAUGUAUGGGGGGGCAGCCCUUAAAUAGUAAGAAAUAGCUUUCUCUGAUCUCUGAUUUUUUAUCUUAAAAAUUAAUAAUUAAAAAUGCAUAAUAUAAAAAUACAUUUGACCCCUCCAUAACGGAUCAUACUAUUGUGAAUGCAUAAAUCACCUCAAUCAAUGCUAGGAAAAAUUUAAUUCAACAGUCUGAAACUGGCAGUUCUAGAGCACCGACAGACACCUUAAGUAUUCAUAAAACACAUUUCUUGUAAAAUAGGUGUUUAUAUCUGCAUGUAGCCAAAAAAAAGAAAAACUAAACACAUAAUUUGUAUAGUUUGACCGACAGUAACCUCUAAAAUAGUCACUAAAUAUCCCUCAAAAUACUGAAAACGUUUACAUUUUAUUAAUAAAGGAGAUGUAAUUUAAAUGCAUUCAUAAAUUUGAUUCACUGAAGCAUAUAUUACCAAACUACUACGAAAAAGUUGAGCCCCCUGAUCGCCAAUAUAUAAUUCGCACCCUGCUUAUUUUGCCACUAAAAUGUAGGUGUUUUUACUUAAUUUCAAUUAAUUG